GACAUAGCACAUAUAAAAAGUGGAGGAAAGAAACAAUAUGUUUUUAGAGAUGAGGAACUAAAAGCUGGUCCAUUGAUACCUAAAAACAUGGAAGAAUCUGAAAAUAUUUUAGUUACUUCAAAAAAGACCGUGAAAAUAAAAGGAAAUGAAUAUACAAAAUGGACAGAGCCUCGUACCAAACAGGCAUUUUAUAUAGACACGCGCACUGGAAAUUCCUUUUUUCCUUGUAAUGAUUUUGCACAAUCAAGUUUUGUUGAGCAUCGUUUCAAUAAGAAAGAUUUCGCUCAGGCUCAAGUCAUUGGUCAAGUUGAUGAUAAGUUUAUCGCUUGCAAACUACCAUAUUCACGAGUGAUUGAGUCGGAUAUUAAAAACUGCACGCAACAACGGAUCUUAGUUUUGGUCGAUCAACAUGCAGCAGACGAGCGUGUACGUGUUGAAAUGCUAAUGAAAGAGUUUUGUGAUUUCAAGAACAAGGAACGAAUGCAAAAUGAGAAUGACAACGAAAUUCAUCCAAUAAAUUCCCUUGUCGAAACAAUUCAAAUAAAUCCUCCCAAUAAAAUAAUUUUAAUGGAACGAGAGGUUCAAGUUUUGAAAAGAUUCGAAGCUAAUUUUAAUAGUUGGGGAAUUUUUUUUAGAGAUAAUAUAGAUACAAAACAGAAUAAUGCAUCACUUUCAUUCACAACACCGUUGGUGUCUCCACACUUUAUCACAUCGUCAACUGAUAAUGACCAUAUUCCUAUUUAUGUUACCCAUCUUCCUAAAAUGAUUGCUGACCGUUGUAUAUUUGAUUCACGAGUAACGCAAGAACUUUUACGUCAACAUUUACCUUCCAUGAUUCCCAUUAUAUAUUUAGAUGAGUUUGCAAAAACAACACAUUCCUCUUGCCGUUAUGAAUCGCAACUUAAACACAGAUUAUAUAAGACAACCAAACAACAAGAAACCACUUUUGAUCAACCUAUAAAUCUUAGCUGGAAAAGGCGUAAAAUUAAUUUGGAACAGUUUCGAAAAUAA